GCAUUUCUGAGACAAGUGGAAAACAAAAAAAUCCUCCCAAUCAAGAGAAAAAUGGAAUUUGAGAAAACCUAGAUAGAGAUCAAGAACAAGGAAUUUCACUUCUUCUCUAUUGCCAAUGCGAUUUGAUCAGUUGAACCAUAACUCCCCUCAACUCUGAUUCCGAUAACACCAUCGCCACCGUCUCGCGGUUGCCGGCGGAACCUCCCACCCUCAUCAUCACCACCGCAACCCUAAUCAUACCAAGUGCGGUGCGCUAUCUGAGAUUGAUUGAAGAACAACGAUGGAGUUGGCACAGCUAGAAGCAUUGUGUGAGAGGCUGUACAAUUCACAGGACUCGGUGGAACGUGCUCAUGCCGAGAACACGUUGAAAUGCUUCUCAAUGAACACUGAAUACAUUUCCCAAUGCCAAUACAUUCUCGAUCAUGCUUUGACUCCCUAUGCCUUGAUGCUAGCUAGUUCUAGUUUGUUGAAACAAGUCACCGAUCACAGCCUCGCUUUGAAACUUCGCCUUGAUAUAUGGACCUACCUCAUCAACUACCUAGCGACUAGAGGACCUGAGUUGCAGCCUUUUGUGACUGCUUCUUUGAUCCAACUUCUGUGUCGACUCACGAAAUUUGGAUGGUUUGAUGAUGAUCGAUUUCGCGACCUGGUCAAAGAAUCUAUGAACUUCUUGAGUCAGGCUUCGCCAGGUCAUUAUGGAAUUGGAUUGAAGAUAUUAAAUCAGCUUAUCUCUGAGAUGAACCAGGCUAAUGCUGGUUUGCCUGCAACAAAUCAUCGAAGGGUUGCUUGCUCCUUUAGGGACCAAUCUCUUUUUCAAAUAUUUCAGAUAUCUUUAACAUCAUUGGUUCAGUUGAAGAAUGAUGCUGUCAAUCAAUUGCAAGAAUUGGCACUUUCUCUUUCUUUGAAAUGUUUGUCAUUUGAUUUUGUGGGGACCUCUGUUGAUGAAAGUUCAGAUGAGUUUGGCACAGUUCAGAUUCCAACACCCUGGAAGUCAGUUUUGGAGGAUUCUUCAACGCUUCAAAUAUUUUUUGAUUACUAUGCCAUUUCAAAGCCCCCUCUAUCGAAGGAGGCAUUAGAGUGCUUGGUGCGACUAGCGUCUGUAAGACGUUCUUUGUUUACAAAUGAGGCAGCCCGUUCCAAGUUCUUGGCCCAUUUAAUGACAGGAACCAAAGUCAUCCUGCAAACAGGGCAAGGUCUUGCAGAUCAUGAUAAUUAUCAUGAGUUUUGCCGUCUUCUUGGUCGGUUCAGAGUGAACUAUCAGUUGUCAGAGCUUGUUAAUGUGGAAGGCUACAGUGAUUGGAUACGCUUGGUUGCAGAGUUCACUCUCAAAUCUUUGCAAUCAUGGCAGUGGGCCAGCAAUAGUGUGUACUACCUGUUAGGGCUGUGGUCCAGAUUGGUGUCUUCUGUUCCAUAUUUGAAAGGUGAUGCACCGAGCUUACUGGAUGAAUUUGUUCCUAAGAUUACUGAAAGUUUUAUCACAUCAAGAUUCAACUCUGUUCAGGCUGGAUUACCUGAUGAUCUUUCUGAAAACCCCUUAGAUAAUGCUGAACUUCUUCAGGAUCAAUUAGAUUGCUUUCCUUACCUCUGCAGAUUUCAGUAUGAGAGCAGUAGUUUAUUUAUAAUAAACAUAAUGGAGCCAGUCCUGCAAAUAUACACGGAAAGAGCCAGAUUACAGGUUAGUGAUAACAGCGACCUCGCAGUGAUUGAAGACAAACUUGCUUGGAUUGUUCAUAUCAUUGCUGCAAUUCUUAAGAUAAAACAAUGUGCUGGUUGUAGUGUGGAAUCCCAGGAAGUGCUAGAUGCUGAAAUUUCAGCUCGAGUUUUGCAGUUGAUUAAUGUAACUGACAGUGGAGUACAUAGUCAGAGAUAUGGCGAAAUAGGCAAACAAAGACUCGAUAGGGCAAUUCUUACUUUCUUUCAGAAUUUCCGGAAGUCUUAUGUUGGAGAUCAGGCCAUUCAUUCUUCUAAGCAGUUAUAUGCCCGGUUAUCUGAGCUUCUAGGCCUUCAUGAUCAUCUAUUACUUUUGAAUGUGAUUGUUGGAAAGAUUGCAACCAACCUUAAGUGCUACACGGAGAGUGAAGAGGUCAUUGAUCACACCUUAAAUUUGUUCUUGGAGCUUGCCUCUGGGUACAUGACUGGAAAGCUUCUUAUGAAGUUGGACACGGUGAAAUUUAUUGUUGCCAAUCAUACGAGGGAACAUUUUCCAUUUUUGGAUUCAAAGAGAUGCUCUCGCAGCAGAACGACUUUCUAUUACACUAUUGGUGGGUUGAUAUUCAUGGAAGAUAGCCCUGUGAGAUUUAAAUCUUCAAUGGAUCCACUCCAACAGGUUUUCCUCAGUUUGGAAUCAACAUCGGAUUCAGUGUUUCGAACUGAUGCUGUAAAGGAUGCCCUUGUUGGCUUGAUGAGGGACCUUAGAGGAAUCGCAAUGGCCACAAAUAGCCGUCGAACUUAUGGCUUUCUAUUUGAUUGGUUGUAUCCUGCACACAUGCCUCUACUCUUAAAAGGCAUCUCACAUUGGACAGAUAACCCAGAGGUUACCACUCCGCUGUUGAAGUUCAUGGCGGAGUUUGUGCUAAAUAAAGCUCAACGUUUGACAUUUGAUUCUUCUUCUCCAAAUGGCAUACUCCUCUUCCGGGAAGUCAGUAAACUGAUUGUUGCUUAUGGAUCUAGAAUUUUGUCUCUUCCAAAUGUUGCUGAUGUAUAUACACACAAGUACAAAGGAAUAUGGAUUUGUUUAACAAUACUGUCAAGAGCCCUUGCAGGAAAUUAUGUCAACUUCGGUGUCUUUGAACUUUAUGGUGAUAGAGCUCUAUCUGAUGCACUAGAUGCUGCUCUAAAGAUGACACUGUCAAUUCCAUUGUCUGAUAUAUUGGCUUAUCGUAAGCUAACAAGGGCUUAUUUUGCAUUCUUGGAGGUUUUGUUCAACAGUCACAUCACUUUCAUAUUGAACUUGGCCACAAACACCUUUAUGCAUAUAGUUGGCUCCCUGGAAUCAGGGCUUAAAGGCUUGGAUACAAGUAUCUCAUCGCAGUGUGCAUCUGCUGUUGAUAAUUUGGCUGCUUUCUAUUUUAACAACAUCACUAUGGGAGAGGCUCCAAAUUUACCAGCGUCUGUCAAUUUGGCUCGUCACAUUGCAGAGUGUCCAAAUCUGUUUCCAGAGAUCUUGAAGACCCUCUUUGAGAUCAUAUUGUUUGAAGACUGUGGCAACCAAUGGAGUCUGAGCAGGCCAAUGUUGAGCUUGAUACUCAUUAAUGAGCAGAUAUACUCUGAUUUGAAAGCUCAAAUCUUGUCAUCACAGCCAAUGGAUCAGCAUCAGCGGCUCUCUCUUUGUUUUGAUAAGCUUAUGGCAGAUGUUACCCUGAGCUUAGAUUCAAAAACCAGGGAUAAGUUUACUCAAAACCUCACCAUUUUUCGGCAUGAAUUCCGUGCCAAAUAAUCCAAAAUAAUAUAGAGUAAAAUGAGAAUAAUUUGGUGUUUGUAUAUUGUCUUUUUGGAUAAUCUCCUUCCCCCCGAUUUGGUGGCAUCCUGGAAACCUAUUUUGGAAGAAGCGACCUCUUGCGAUUUCUUCAUUUUGGUCUUAUGUGAAAGAAAUGUAUUCUUUGUAAUUAUGGUUCAUGGAGUGUGGAAGGUCAAGUUACUUGUGGUACCGUACCCAGAUUUCAGUGAUUUAAAGCUCAGGAAUGACAAGGAAGAUUUUGAACAUUUAAGGAAGUGGUUACAUGGAUAAGAAAAUUAGGGGAGGGAUGAAUUGGGGACCACCUAAAAUGUAGAGUAGAGUGAUCGGUUUAGAUAUAUUCUUUCUUGGAAUGCAUGUACAUUAUUAUCCAUCAUAUUGGUUUAGAAACUUGCUAGUUAUUUGAUGUUUUGCGAUAUCAAUGUCUUUGUACUCUGAAAACUAGUAAAGAUAAAGAAAUAGCGGAAGAAAGUGUUUAGAUGGGGAUAGAAUCAUAGACAAAAGGUUCAUACUGUAUUCUCAAUCAUUUUGCUGCCAUUUUAAAUCUUUCUUCAAAUAUUGUUUAUUAACCGACUUCAUUAUUAAGAGUUUGUGUUUUUUUUUUUUUGGGGGUUGGUUCAGUGAUUGGGUGGACUUGUAGAAAUGUAGCGUACCUUACUGAUUUGUUAUUCUUUGGUGAUCAACUACAUAUCUGUUAUAUGUCAGUUAACUCUUGGAUAGUUAAUUAUAGCUUGAUUUGUAAUUAAAGAACACCAUGAAUUUUAUAAUAGAACGCUUCCAGAUUCA